AUGGGGCCCACAUGCCCUUUCUCCUGUUGCCUGAUCACCCUGGGUCCCUGCUCCUCCAGCCCUCCACCCCAGACCACACAAGAAGCAGGCUUGUCUGCCCGCAGCACAGACAGCCUGGAUGGCCCGGGGGAGGGCUCCGUGCAACCUGCUGCCCCCACUGGGGGGCCCAGUGUGAAGGGGAAGCCUGGGAAGAGACUUUCUGCUCCUCGAGGUCCUUUCCCCCGGCUGGCUGAUUGUGCCCACUUCCACUAUGAAAACGUUGAUUUUGGCCACAUUCAGGUAGGAGGCUUUGUACCCAAGUGGCAGCUGCUGCUGUCUCCAGAGCGGGAAGGCCCCAGCCUCUCUGGAGAGAAUGAACUGGUGUUUGGGGUACAGGUGACCUGUCAGGGCCGUUCCUGGCCGGUUCUCCGCAGUUAUGAUGACUUCCGCUCCCUGGAUGCCCACCUCCAUCGCUGCAUAUUUGACAGGAGGUACAUAAACAGGUUCCGCCAAGCUCAGCCCACAAGCCGAGAGGAACGUCAGUCUGCAGGCCCAACCCCAGCAGACUUUUGGUGGCUGCAACCUGAGUUGCCAGACACCAGCGGUCAGUUUGGCACAGCAGGAGCCAAUGAGUCAGAAGGAAAAUCCAGAAGAGCAGCAGCAGUCCCAACUCCCACCAAGGUAACCAGCACAUCCCAGGCCAGGGUUCUCCUUCAGGAAAUAAAGCAGAGCCUCAACACUUGGAAGUCAUCCCUGCUGGACCUGGAGACACUGAGCCUACAAAGCAGAGCAGCCAGACUGCUCAAACGCAGCAAGGCCUCCAUCUCCUCCUCCUUCAGCCCCAGUGAAGCCAGCAGCUCCUCCUUCCCUGUCAGCUCCGAUGGCUUCCCUCCUCUCCCCAUGACUUUCACCCCUGACUCCAGCAAGGACUCUGGCCCCAAAGCACCUGCAACACCAGCUCCAGCCGCUGCCUCAGCCACCGCCUCUCCCUCCUCCUCCCGGGCACCCCUGCGACCUGAGGAUGACAUUUUGUAUCAGUGGAGGCAACGUCGGAAACGCGAACAGGCUCAAGGAGGCCAGGGCGAUGGAACAUGGGUGCAGCCCCAGCCCGCAGCCCCUACCGCUCUGGCCUCUCCUGCCCCUCAGACCUCCUUUAAUUCUGUGGGGACCCAGUCCAGCUGUGCUCCACCGUGGGCCAGUCUGGCUCAGGCUGGUCCCCCUGAGACCUAUAUAGAGAGACCUUUUGUGCCACCCGGGGCCUCUCCACACGUCCUCUGGGCCUCCAGCCCCCAUGGCUUCAUCUGGGCCCCACAGCCCAGUUCUUGGGUAACUUUAGGGACAGUUCCUCCCACGCUGCUGUCCUCCACUCCAUCUCCCCUAGCCUCUACCCUACCCUCCAUCCGUGGGCCCCCUGCUACCCACCAGGGCCCUCAUACCCCAGAACAAAGCAGCCCUGCUCAGCCCCAGAAGCUGAGUCCCGAGCCUUUGAGGACCAGAGCUCCCCGUCAAGAGGCUGCUGGGGGCAUCAAGACAACGGAUGAGGGACCUGGCCCGCAGCUCAGGGGGGCCCUGGGCCAGGUAGUGACCGCUCGGCUGUUCCCCAACAGCCCGGGGGAGGACACGCCUCCAUCGAAGGCCGAAUCUGUGAUUCGCAAGACUAGACCUUCCCAAGCCAAAGUCAAGCCCCCUGGACAAGAGGCCACGCCCUCUCCGCUUGACUCCCGAGCCAGAUCAGAGGGGGAUGCCCAGAGAGCCAAGGCCACGCCCCCCUGCGGAGGGCCGGAGCUCCGGGCAGGUAAAGCCACGCCCUCAGCGGAAGCUGCGGACCAGCCUGCCCCGACCUCCGCGGAGGCCUUCAAGGCGGGGACUCGGGGACCCGUUGCCACGCCUCCCGGUGGCCACACCCCCUCGGAGGAGUUACUAUUACAGGCCGCCCAACUUUUGCAGGCUGCAGAAGACUCCGACGGCAGCGAGUUUCAGGAGGACCCUGUGCUGCAAGUGCUGAGAGCUCAGAGGGCAGAGCUGCGACAGCAGAAAAGGAAAGUGGAAGCUCAAAUAUCCCUCCUGGUGUGCCACACUGAAGACCCAAGGCCUUGGUCUCCUCCAGCCAUAUCACCAAGAAGGAGGUCCCCAAGGAGGCUGCGGAGGGAAGGAGCCUCCUUCGAGGCCAGACGACUUUGAAUUGUAUAUAUUCUCUUUUGCCCAAUGAAACAUUUUUUUCUCAAGUCAAUCUCUAAGAAAUGGAUUUUGUGGAAAGGCCCAAGGGUUGUGCUAGCUUAAGGAAUUGUGUUGAUGCUGUCACCUCCUUUUCUUCCUAUUCCUUU